AUGGAAUUGGACGCGAUUGCGUCGAUCUCCUUCCCCUACACGCUCAUCCAGCAAACCUUCGCGCGUCUGCUCGAUCCGAUUUGGAACCAUCCUCUCUUUACGCUCUCCUCCUCGCUCACCUUCUCUCAAUCCAUCAUCGAGCCGCUUCUACGAAUCACAUUUCGAUCUCAACUCCUCCGACGACUCCGCGUUGAAUCCGCAGAUUGGGAACGACUACCGUUUGCUCUGCAGACUGCAGGAUAUUUGCGGCCUCUCCCUUCACGUUCACCUCCACUCCUUCCAUUCCCUCUAGUUGCUCGCUCUGGACUGCAGACCGCUCGUUCUCGUCGACAAGCGCUUGCUCUCGGUGCUGGCCAACGCCUCUCUGAAGAUGUGCGUGCUGCGCCCCAACGCGCUUCGCUGCCUCGAGAAGACGGUUCUCCAACUGAUCGAGCGCUUCUACAUCCCGCGAUGCUCCGACUACGACCAGUUCGAGAAGAUCUGCGAGUCGCUUCAGCAGGAAUGCGGAGACUUCUUCAGCCCCUGCGAGAAGCUCUUCAUGGAGGCGCAGUUCUUGGUCCGAACGCCCGACGUCUCCGAGAACCAGCUCUCCUUCGCGGCCGACAAGCUGCAGCGGAUCUUCGGGCUGACGCCCUUCUCCAAAGUGGAUCGAUUCGUUCGUCGUAUCGAGCGGAUUCUGCUUCCCGACAGGCCCGAGCUCGCGAUCCAAGUCUUCCUUCAAGGCGCGUCGCACAUCCAGCUCGCGAACUGCAGCGACGGACCCAACUGCUCGAAGCUGCGCAUGCUGGACAACCAGAAAGCGGCUCGCGCUUCGCUCAUCGCCGCGGCGCGCGCAGUCGUCGAGAGCACCAUCGACGCGCCGUCUGCAAUUUCGAAUCUCCAGAAGUUCUGCGAUCUGGCGUCGCAAUCGUCGGUGUUUGA